UCGGUGUAUAACUCUUUCCUGAUUGCACCGGAAGGCAGCAUAGGAGCUUCUGGUGUGACACUCGGACAACACAUUAACAACGCACUAACAAAGACUUGUAUAACCAGUCUUCACAAAAUGACAACGAAUAUUAACGAAAUGAUCCCUGAGUUGUCCAAUCCCUCUGUGUAUAUGAGGGACCCACAGAGGGUGCAGGAAAUCCUGCAGUCAAUGAUGAAGGCAGGUUCCAACACUCUGCAGGUGAUCUCCGAUUUUGACAUGACUCUAACUAGGUUUGAGUACAACGGUAAAAGAUGCCCAACAUGCCACAAUAUACUUGACGAAAGCCAACUGAUCUCUGAAGACGGCAAAGAAGAGCUGAAGGAGCUUCUGAACACCUACUACCCAAUAGAAAUCGAUUCUUCACAGUCCAUCGAGGACAAGUUGCCCCUCAUGGUGGAGUGGUGGACUAAAGCACACGAGCUGCUGAUACAGCAAAAAAUCAGGAAAGAUGGGAUAGCCACGGCGGUGGGAGAGUCUGAAGCCAAGCUGAGGGAAGGUUACCAGCUUUUCUUCGACCACCUGCACGAGCACAGCAUCCCUGUGCUCAUCUUCUCUGCCGGAAUCGGGGACAUUCUGGAGGAAGUGAUCCACCAGGCUGGAGUUUUCCAUCCCAACGUCAAGGUUUUCUCCAACUACAUGGAUUUCGACGAGGACGGAGUAUUGAAGGCCUUCAAGGGAGAGUUGAUCCACGUUUACAACAAAAGAGAAGGUGCGCUGCUCAACACGGGCCAUUUCCAGGAGCUGCGGACUCGGCCUAACGUACUACUGAUGGGGGACUCUCUGGGUGAUUUGACCAUGGCUGAUGGAGUCCAGGACAUGGAGAACAUCCUGAAGAUUGGGUUCCUCAAUGACAAGGUGGAGGAGAGGAAGCAGUCAUACCUGGACUCAUACGACAUCGUGCUGGUGAAAGAUGAAACCUUAGACGUCCCGAACGCCGUGGUGCUCUACCUCACCGGUAACAAGUAAACCACGUGUCUGUCGCCCGCUCCGUCAGGCGGCUGGUGCCAGACCAUGAAGACAUCAGUUACUGACAAGCAGGGACGUUUAACAAGUAUUUCCGUUUCACUUACUCACACACACACUUUUGUAAACACACCUUAACAGUCAGACCUUCUGACUGUUGACAAGUGCAGCUCACACACUCACACACACACACACUCGUCCUUCUCUUACGUUGUUUCUGGACCAUACUGUACACAGGAGGCCAGCUUUGCACUACAACAUGAUGGUGUGUGUACGUACGCAGUGAACGGUUAGGACUAUUUUUUUUUUAUGUACAGUUCUGCUUUUAUAUAGGAGAAAAAAAGACGCACAAUUAACGUUUGAUCUGAAAGUGUUCCACUUGUUGAUUUUAGACCUCUUGUACUUGUUCUCAUAGUGGUUCCUGUCUCUCAUUGUUCGAGUACGGCUUUCAGUUUUUCACCGUAAUGAGAGCACGAAUCUGGGUGAAUAGAAAGUCCCGUUCUUUAGAAUGGAGCUCACUCACUGGUGAAUCUACCUCAAGAAAACAUAACGUUUAGUUUACCUGUUGUCAGGCUCUGAUGCUGGGGUUUAUAGUAGGAACGAGUCGAUACUAAUACUGCAACUUGGAGUAUCUGUCAGCUGUACUGUAGUUGAUCUUGAAAUUUUGACUAACAUCAGAUCGAGCCAUCUUGAUCAUCAAAUGAUGAACAGACGACUGGACGACAUUAUUGUCUCUUGUAUCCAGUCUCAUGGUAACAAACAGUUUUUACAGUGAGGCUUUCCACAGUUUUUAGUCAAAAGGUUCUAGCAAAAAUUACUCAUUUGAGCCAGUAAACAGGCUUUAAUACUUAUGAUUUAAAGGUCGUGUUCACAUUUCACUCUGAGUCUUUGAGUGGAAUUAAUACAGACGAUAGACAGAAGCUGUUUUUCUGGUCGGGGUUUUUAUUUUCUUUUAACUCUUUGCAAAUAGGGUCGCGGUGAUCGGUUUUAGUUGUCAGUAAUAAUUAACAAAAACAAAAAAAACUGUCAUUGAUGACUGUCGUUUUGAUGAUUUUAUCUGAUUCAAAGCUGUACAUUUGUCUCCAUAGAAAAUGGAAUAAAAAGAUGAAAUGUG